CAAAGAGGAGGGUGUGUGACUCGGGGUCAGGAGGGGGUGGCGCGCAUACACACACACACACGCACAGAGAGAGAGAGAGACUGCCUGCCUACCUAUACAGUUCACUGGACGAGGCUGAACACGGAACCUACGUGAAAUCCCCACAUUAGUCUGUCUUUUUUUGCUGCUUCCCAACCAUGGCCACUCCGGGGAGGAUGCGUUCCACGCGCAAGCUGCGCGCGUGGAUGGUGGAGCAGGUCAACAGCGGACAGUACCCGGGUCUCAUGUGGGACGAUGCUGCCAAGACCAUGUUCCGGAUCCCCUGGAAACACGCCGGCAAGCAGGACUUCCGCAGCGACGAAGAUGCCGCCAUCUUCAAGGCUUGGGCGGAGUUUAAGGGAAAGCUGUCGGAGACGGGACGCUCUGACCCCGCCUCCUGGAAAACCAGGCUCCGUUGCGCCCUCAACAAGAGUCCUGAGUUCAGAGAGGUCACCGAGAGGUCGCAGCUGGACAUCUCCGAGCCCUACAAGGUCUAUCGCUUGGUGCCAAUAUCAGAGCAAGGAGUGGUUCAAAGUCAAGGGAGGACUGGACAAAAACAGAGCAAGAAGAAAAGAUGCAGAACUCAGUCGGACAAAGAGGAAGAAAAUGAAAUAGAAGAGGCUAAACACAUGAAAGUGACGAGUGACAUCACAAGUGUCCCCUUACAGCCGAUCACCUUGUGUGUCCAGCAGAUGCCAACAGAGGACAGCUUGAAUCUCCAGACCAACAACGACAGCGAAUCGGUUGCUGUUUUGAAAAAUUUGGGCCCGGUCAAUGAGAUCCAGUUGAACUUCAUGAUCGAGACCAUCCCUCCUCCUGGAGACCUUCCAUCUCUUACUGUCUCCAUCCACUAUUUGGGCCAGGAGGUCUUGAAGCGAGACAUUUUCGGGAACGAUGUACGGAUCGCCUACUACUCUUCGUCUCCCAGCCCCCCGCCGCUCUCCUCUUUGGGAGUAGGAGGCACGGGCACAGAGCGUAUCUCACUUCCAGAGCCCCCUGCCUCCCUCCCUAACCGGCCGGCAUUCUCCGCCUUGCUGCCCUACAUGGAGAAGGGCGUGUUACUAGCGUCCACCAACGUGGGCAUCUACGCCCAACGCUACUGCCAGGGCCGGGUGUUCUGGACAGGACCGCACACAUCUGAGCCCGGCCCCCACAAGCUUGAGCGCACCAGUCGCCCAGUGAUGCUUUUCAACAGACAGACCUUCCAGCAGGAACUGGACGAGUUCAGCCACAACGGAGGCCCGUCACCGCAGUGUGGGGUGACCCUGUGCUUUGGAGAAGAGCUGUCAGAAUCAGAUGACCUUGCCAGCAAACUCAUCACUGUGCAGAUUUCACUUCCCUGGGCCACCCAGAGAGUCCAGGAAGCUCAGUCCGUCAAGGACUCGCUAGCCUUCAUUCAAGAAAUGACCGGUCAGUCUCCACUGGGCGAGGUUACGCUCAACCUGGUCUCCAUCGCAUGAGCAGAAGAGCUGGGACGGUGGCGGUGUGGGGUCUUCCGUUGGACCGCUAAUCUCCCAACGCCCCUGAAUAGCGUCUUUCAGCCAAUUUUGCUGCUGUCACAGAAAUACUCCUAAUUCUUCCUGCCAUGUGUCAGAUAUUUGAAAAUUCUCCCUUGGACCUCUGACUAGUCUUCGUAGUGAGGAGUACAGUUAUCUAGGACUGCAUUAGCAGAAGAGUCCGUUGCACUGAUUGAGCCACUUUGAGAAGGACAUCAGGGCAGCAGCUGUCUCCAAAAAAUGCCCUUGAGACCUUGUUUUCUAAUGUUUAGCUUUUUUCUGUCCCUAUGUGUGUAAACGCGAGUGCUUAAGGAAUUAGCCAUACAUGCCCAUCCAGGUGGCUGUAGGUUUUUAGGAGACACAUUCCUACUCGGACGGGUGAUGUCAUGACACUUUGGUCUGGUAUGUUAAACAUUUCUCUAAACUGGCAGAUGCUGUACUGUGGUAAAGAGGCGACAGAAGUGGCAGCCCUGUGGCUGUCGCUGUGAGGUGCUCAUCCAGCUCAUGGAUGGUGCUCAACAGGGAGAGGGACGUUGUAGCUACGUGGUCUUGAUGGGUCAGCAACAGUGACCGAGAGGAGACACAGGUGUGAGUUGGAACCCUGAUCACUUCAGCGGGUUCAUGUUUUACACAGGUUCAAGCUACACAAAGAAAGAAAGAAAGAAAGACGCUAAACUUUAUCUUUGUUUAAAUUGUGUGGUGCCAGUCAAAAUAAUACGAAUUGCAUAAGUUCGCCAUUGGCUGGCUGAAGCGAAGUAGCUCAAGCGCAUUGGAGCGUUGGCGAAUUGGAGAUGCCGAAACGCCUGGAGCGCUGCGGUUCGGUCGUGUCAGCUUUAGUCUGCAGCGUGCUGUACUAUGGCUGAGUUGUGUCACCACAGCACUGUUGUUUGUGCUCUUAUGUUUGCCUGCACUUUAUACGCCCAGAUGGCUAAAGCGUCUCGCUAAGAGCAAAAGGAGUGGCCGCAACUGAAAGCGUGCAGGAAGAACAAAGUUAACACCACAAAUAAAGAGACCAUUGAAUUUGAAGGAGACACGUUGCGUACGAUCCGUCACAGUGCUGAGAAAAUAAGCCCCAAAACACUGAAGAUGACGUACCGCUGCUGUGAAAUCCUCAUGUUCAUGGAGGGAUGCGAUAGAUGAUCUACGGAAUGUAUCUCGUAUUUCAUUUGCAUCUGCAGGGGAUAAGUAAGGUCAACAUUGCGCGAGCAGAACUCAUCUGUAGCAUUUACUACAGCAGUAUUUUCGAUGGGAACAUUAGUUUGCACAAAAUUAGAAACCAGUUUUUCUGCAGCACAGCUCUCAUAAAUGGAGAACCCUUUGUAAAGAAGAGCACUUUGUUUCAAGGCCACAGUCCCCGCCAUAACACACUAUGUGACCCCCCCAAAUUGGUGCGGAAAGGUCGUGGCUACCCCGGAAGCCCUCUGUCCACAGCAGCUCCACACACGGGAAGAGAUGACUACAACUCCUUCUGUGCAUCAGUAACUGCUGAGUGACUGCGCCGUGGUUGUUAGUGCAAUAGCUCAUUAUACAUGGUAGCUAAUGUGGUGUGUGUCACUAGUUCAGGUGUGUAGAAACAUUCUGAGAACAGAGAUACCACUGGUAAAUGAUCGCCCUUAGUGUGUUAAUUCUGUUUAUCCCUCAUGUCAAUUGAUUGGUCAUUAUGCAGUAGAUCACGUAGUGGAUUUGUACUUUGUAUAUAUGUGUACUUUGUGUAUACACACAUGAUUUAUAUGUAUUUGUGUAGAUGUAUAUAUUA